AUGUCAUUGGUGGGAAGCUUAACGGGAGGCACACGUCAAGCGUCUUCUUCCAUGAGGGUGGUUCGAGCUUCUGCUGCAGUGGGCGUGGUCGAUGGGAAGAUAUAUGUAUUGGGAGGUUUCGAACAUUUCUGCUCAAUUUCCCGCAAGUGGGGAGAAGUUUUUGACCCAAAGACGCAGACUUGGGAUGACUUGCCAAUGCCGCCAUCGAAUAAGUACAACCUAAACUACCCCUUAAUGUACGAAAGCGCCGUGAUGGACGAGAAGGUUUUCGCUUUGAACGGGGCGGGUAGAGGAUACUUUGGUGUGAUGCAAAUGAAUUGGAUUGGCGCAAACACGAGGGGAAGGUGUGGAGAGAGGUCAUGGGAUUGGAAACUCUUAACGGACACUCUAUGUGACUCCAAGCUAGUCAACUAUGGUGGGAGGAUGUCAGAGUCUGCAGAUCAUUGGAAGUCAUGCAAAAGGAAGAGGGUGUGGCAUGGAUUGACUAAUGAACUUGACAGAUUGCUUCCGGGGCACAAACUUAGUAACUCUGGUCCUAACAUGUUACUCUUUUGGGACGUGUUUGGUCCUGAGAAAUUGGAGAUUUGGUGUGCAGAGAUCUCUUUAAGAAGAUGCAAUGAGAGAGUUGAGAUUUGCGGCAAGAUUGAGUGGUCGGAAGCUGUCAUGACAUUCAAAACUCCUCUACAUCAGCAUCACUGUAAGCUUUUGUAUUCUCUUUCUCUCAAUUUCUGA